GAAUUUAAAAAAAUGAAAAAAAAAUAAAUCCAAGACACGUCUCUUAAUUAAGAGAAGGAAACUAAGUGACAUGUGUCACAAGAUCAGGAGGCAGAGGAGAGGAGUCAUUUUUUGCGCUAUCUCUCUGUCUCUCUCUACGCAGUAAUGGAAGUGACGAUUGGCGAAGAGGAGACGGCGGAGAGAAGAGAUCACGAAAGAAACCUCUCCGGAAUCUUUCGAACUUCCUCCAGAGAUCAUCAGGGAGAUUCUCAACCGAUUACCAGACAAAUCAAUUGGAGUCUCUCGAGGAUGAAGGAAUCAGCUGUUACAAAGUUCAAGACUUUCCAGAUUCCUGUUGAUUGGAUGCUCGAAAACGGCAUUACUAGUGAGAGCUUGAAGCCAUUGGAGGCGGUGGCCCUGAAGAGGAAGAGCUUAUGGUUCAAGGCGUCAGAUUUGCGUUCCAUGUUCAUCAGUUCGCAGGAGGAUUUGAUGCAGAGACAAACUUGUAUAUAUUCAAGGAGAAAACUGUAGAUGUGGAGCCAAGAAUGGACACAAACCCAUUUGCAGAAGAUUCGCUUACAAGCAGAAUCAACCCAAAUAAAAAUGCAGACCUAAGCAGUAGCAGCAGCAGUAGUGAUAUGGUAAAUGAAAGAAGACAGAGUUUCUCGUCCCAAAAGAGCAUUGGAGAAGGAAGAAGCAGUGGGCAGAGAAGAGUUAUGCUAAUGGAGUCUCCUUGCACUCCAGGUAGAGGAGUCUUCAGUUUCAGUAGCAAUGUCUCUGGGAGAAGAAGAAACUUUCCUUCUAAAUGGGUCGAUGCAGAGAAAUGGGUCACCUCCGGUCAUGAAUCUCCGGCACAUUCCCUCAAAGUUGUUUACUCGGAGAAGUCUAGGGUUACAGAGGAGAAAGUCUCAUUAUCUCCACCAGGUCUUAUACUUAAAGAUAAGUUAGCAAACGAAGUGCUCCCAUCAACGGAAGGGUUUAUAUUCAGAGAUUCCGACAAGUUUCUCCAGUUUCAGGAAGAAGAAGAAGCUCAAGUUCAACACAGAGACAUGGGAACAGAGAUGACACCAGCCGGAAGCGUAACCGCUUCAAGAUGUCACACGCCGUUCAAAAGCAUGUCUCCGGCGAGACACAACACGCCUUCGAAAAUGUCUGGUCCGUUAACAGAAACCAAAAACGUUAUAGACAUCUCCGAGUUCGCCGACAAGCUACGACUCAGUGGGUCAGCAGCGACUCAGUACUAUAACUCGGUCACUCAUUGGAACUCGAGGGAAGAGGAAGAAGAAGAGAUAUCGAAGAGCUUAAGACAAAUGGACAUGGAAAGUGAGUUACGGAGAAGUGUUUCAGAAUCUAAAGCUGUUUUAUGGGAUGGUCAAGACGACAAGAUCAAGUUUUGCCAAAGAUAUCAAAGAGAAGAAGCCAAGAUCCAGGCAUGGGUGAAUCUCCAAAAUGCUAAAGCCGAAGCUCAGUCCAGGAAACUCGAGAUGAAAAUACAGAAGAUGAGAUCAAAUUUUGAAGAGAAACUGAUGAAGAGAAUGGACACGGUGCACCGGAGAGCGGAGGACUGGAGAGCUACGACGAGGCAGCAACAUGCUGAGCAGUUGCACAGAGCAGCUGAAACGGCGAGGAAGUUAACAAACCGUCGUGGCUACUUGGUUUCUGGGCGAAGCUCAUGUGGUUGUAUUCCUUGCACUAAUACUUGUCACUAACUUAUUUUAAAGAAGAGAAAGUAUAUUACAAAUGGACAACAAUGACAAGAAUUUUUGUUUAUUAUGUGUGUUGGAUUAUCAA